AGAUUUUCUUCCAGAUUUGAUGGGCAGCUUUUGGAGUUUUCAAAAAUUCUCUCCAAAUACCUUUUGAUUAUAAAUAGACAAAAGUAGAAGCAAGGAGACCCACGGGGGGAAUAGCCAGAGGUCCGGGUGGGAGAAGAUGGUGGCUUAGAUCAGGGUGGAAUAGCAACAGAAAUAAACUUGCUAAUUGGUUAAAGAUAAGGGAGUAUAGGAUCAGAGGUGCCUCCAACGUUUUGUAACAUCGGCUAUUGGAAAGUGCAUUUUCUGAGAUGAGGCAAACUGGGGAGGAACAGGUUUGGGGAAAUCAGUGUCUGAUCUGGAUGUGUCUUGAUGCGAUGCCCACUGGACAGAUGUCGAAUAGGCAGGAAGACACGCGAGCCCAGAGUUCAAGGGCAGGUCAGAAACAGAUCCCCGUGGCAGCCGUCUACCUACACAAUGAUGGUGCGGACAGCCCGGGAGCGGACUCCACACUCCCAGCCUCGCCCCUUUAUUUAGGCUGAAGCCACCAGAGCUCACUGCCUCUGUCUCCAGGCCUUCCCCUCUCUGACCUUGCUGUUGAUGCUUGCUUGGAGCUUUCCAAUGUCAAGGACAGUGGGAGAGCAGGAGAAAGACACUGCGUGGGCCUGUAAUUACAGAGAGCUUCUCAUUUGUGUAGCUCCUGACAUUUACUAAAGGUGACCCCCCCCAGCCCCCCUGCUGCCACAUGCUGAGUUCCAGGCCCUGAUCUGCUAGGACAACGGGACUCCUGUCCGCCCUGAGCCCGGGAAGAUGGUGUCACAGUCUUCGGGCCAGCGGGAUUCUCCUGUGGACCCCUUGGAAGGGGUCAGCAAUGACUCUGGUGACGUUGAUGGGCCACCCAGCCUCCUGGACAUCAGCCACCUGCCUUGCCAAUCAGACGUCAAGUUCACAAGGCACAGAGCUGCCUGGAUUAACCCCCAGGGUGUGCAGGGGCAGGAUCUGCCCCUCCAGGUGCCAACAGUGGGGAGCGGCGGCAGCCUCGUUGUGAGGGGUGCGGCCUCUCCCUUGGGCGCAUCCCCUUGUUCUCUUGAGAGCUCGUCGGUGGAGACAUCGCUGCAGAAAAACACCGUGGGCUCUGCAGGCAGCUGGGGCGAGCAGAGCAGCGACUCUGCCUUUAUCUCAACUCGAGAGCUGGCCGUGCUCCCAGGACGCCGUCCUCGGUGGUCUCUGUUCCCCAGCUGCACCGCGUUGGCUGCUUCCCCACAUACCGAGGCUGGCAGCCCGUGUCUCCAGCCUCCUCACCUGACAGCUCCCACCAGUGCAGGUGCCGUUCCAGUGGGUAGGAGAAGCGUUUCCUUAAAUUCCUUCUCCCCAGAAGCGUUCACGUUCCCUGUUGGUGUAGAAAAGGAAAAUGCACACUUCCAGGCCGCCGAUAUGAUCAUCUCAGCCAUGGAGACGAUGAAGUGGGACCUCCUGAGUGGACAGCACACGGAGAACUGCAGCCUGGACGAAGCCAGCGGGUCACCUGGGAAUGACUGCGGUGGCUCCGCAGUGGCCUUCUGUACCCACAGACAGCAGGAGUCGGGGUCUUCCACCUCCUCGGACAGUGGCUACGAAGGUUGCGCUGUGCUGCAGGUCAGCCCAGUGGCUCAGGCGCCUGCCGAGGGUGACGCGGCGGAGGAGGCCUGCACACGGGACUUCGAAGAAUUUGUUAUUGUAGAGCUUGCGGAGUGUAGCGACCCCUCAGAAACCCGCACGCGUUCCUGCCGCCCCUCGAAGAGUGUAAUUUAUGAGCCAAACUUUAAUUCUGCUGAGCUGAUAGCCCGAGAAUUGUACCAAGUGUUCCGGAGGUGCUGGGUGCUGUCGGACGCUCAUCAUCAGCUGGCGGUGUCCCUGAAGGCAGGUGGCUCGAUAGUUGUGAAUGAAGAGCGUGUCCAAAAAGACUUUGAAUCCAGUGUGGAUUUCGGAGAGGAAAUUAAAUUUAAGUCGAGGAUCAGAGGGACGGAAGACUGGGCGCCCCCCAGGUUUCAAGUCAUAUUUAACGUUCAUCCUCCGCCUAAGAGGGACCUCGUGGUCGCAGCCCAGAAUUUUGUGUGCGCAGGCUGUGGAACUCCAGUGGAACCCAAGUUUGUGAAGCGGCUGCGGUACUGCGAAUACCUGGGCAAGUACUUCUGCGACUGCUGCCACGCCUACGCCGAGUCCUGCAUCCCCGCGCGCAUCCUCGCCACGUGGGACUUCCGGAAGUACUACGUCAGCAACUUCGCCAAGCAGCUGCUGGACAGUAUAUGGCACCAGCCCCUUUUCAAUGUGCUGAACGUCAGCCGCAGCCUGUGUGCGAAGGCCAGGAAGCUGGAGGCCGUCAUGGAAAUCCAGGAGCAGCUAUUUCAUGUCAAGAAGCUACUGAAGACCUGCCGAUUUGCUGAAAGGGCAUUAAAAGCAUUUGAGCAGGUGCCCAGACACCUGACAGAGGAGCUCUACCUGUUCUCACUGGAAGACCUGGUCAAGGUCAAGAAAGGGUUGCUGGCACCCUCGCUCAAGGACGUUCUGAAAGCCGCUCUCGACCAUGUGGAGGACUGUGAGCUGUGUCAAGGAAAGGGCUUCAUCUGCGAAUUUUGCCGGAGUGCGACCGUCAUCUUCCCGUUUCAGACCGCAACAUGUAGAAGAUGUUCAGAGUGCAGGGCUUGCUUCCACAAGCAGUGUUUCCAGGCCGCCCGGUGCCCCCGCUGCGCCCGGAUUGCAGCCAGGAGACGGCUUUCGGAAAGUCUGCUCUCAGCGGCAACGUGAUGCCCGGAGCACCGUGAGAACGACUGCCACGCCUUUUCGGACACCGGUGUGCGUCCACCGUGGGCGCGUUACUGUUUUAGAUCUCGAGGAUUGUAUAUUGAGAAGAAAGGUGGCCGAUUUUCUCUCCAUUGCAUCGUUAAUAUGUUCAGAGUGCGGACUGCUGGUCGUGACUGGUGGCUUUGUUUACACGUGUUCACUGUCUUCGCUGCUACUGUUUUUUUAAGAGGUUUUGUAAAAAUAUUUAUAUUGCAUUUGAAUAGUUGUAUUUAACGCAUGGGGGAGCUUAUUUUUUCAUGCAUUGUGACUGACAAGGUGAAUGACUCAGUUCCUUUUCCUGUAAAGCUUGUUUGUGCGCUGGGCGGGAACGUCCACUGAACCAAAGCGCAACCCAGAUGCCCUUGCUCGGGCUGGGUUUUCAGCCUCGGCGCCUCUGUACUGUGUCAGCCCUCCGGUCUGCACGACCCCCGGGUCUGCGUGGAGCGGUUCCAUUUCCUCUGCAGCGCGUCAGUUUCAAGAUGAGUCCCAGUUGCUUAACCACCUGGCAGGCGCCGUUUGAGGAAGCGACCCCCGACGGCGCUCCUGCCCCUGGCUCCAGUCAAAGCUAUUUUUGUCACCUGUAUCCAACGCACUAAGUCGAGGGGACGCGUGGGUGAACAGAACACAUCCCUGCCCUUUGGGAUGUCGUCUCGUAGAUGCAAAAUUGAACAUGAGAGAUCCAAAGACUUAAAUAAGAUGUGGGAAACUGUCGUCGGUGACGAUGUGAUAAAGGUCGUCCGCAUCCCCAUCCAGUCCUGUGUGUGUUUCAUUCAGUUGGAGGACGCUGAGCACUUGACCUACACGAGUGUCCCCUAUCGUCCUGGUGUCUUCUCGUCCUGUCACUUGUUUUCCCAUCCGCUACCUCUGCCAGCUCUGUGUCCCCAUUGACGAUGUGAGCCGUGUCUCUUUUAAAUGGAAAUAUUGUCACAGGGGAGAAGGCGAAAAGGAUCUAAAUUAAAACAAUGUUCUGUUCUUA